CAGGUGAGUGCGGCGGCCGAGCCAUGGCGUUGGAGGCGAUCCGCUACUCCAGGGGCUCCCUGCAGAUCCUCGACCAGCUGCUGCUGCCCGAGCAGAGCCGCUACGAGGCGGUGGAGUCGGUGCGCCAGGCCUGGGAGGCCAUCCGCGCCAUGAAGGUGCGCGGCGCCCCGGCCAUCGCCCUCGUGGGCUGCCUCAGCCUGGCCGUGGAGCUGCAGGCCGGCGCGGGCGGCCCGGGGCUCGCCGCGCUCGUGGACUUCGUGCGCGAACGGCUCCGCUUCCUCGUCUCCGCCCGGCCCACCGCCGUCAACAUGGCCCGCGCCGCGCACGACCUGGCGGACGCCGCGGCCCGCGAGGCCGGGCAGGAGGGCGCCACGGAGGAGGCGGUCCGGGACAGAGUGAUCCGCUACGCUGAGGACAUGCUGGACAGAGACCUCCGAGACAACCGGCGCAUCGGUGACCUGGGGGCCCGCCACCUGCUGGAGCGGGCGGCCCCCGGGGGCGGCAAGGUGACCGUGUUGACCCACUGCAACACCGGGGCGCUGGCCACGGCCGGCUACGGCACGGCCCUGGGCGUGAUCCGCUCGCUGCACAGCCUGGGCCGCCUGGAGCGCGCCUUCUGCACGGAGACGCGGCCCUACAACCAGGGGGCGCGGCUGACGGCCUUCGAGCUGGUCCACGAGCGCAUCCCCGCCACGCUCAUCACUGACAGCGCGGCGGCGGCCGCCAUGGCCCGCGGGGGCGUGUCUGCCGUCGUCGUGGGAGCUGACCGCGUGGUGGCCAACGGCGACACGGCCAACAAGGUGGGCACCUACCAGCUGGCCAUCGCCGCCAAGCACCACGGGAUCCCCUUCUACGUGGCCGCCCCCAGCUGCUCCUGUGACCUGGGGCUGGAGUCCGGCGGGGACAUCGAAAUCGAGGAGCGCCCGGGCCAGGAGCUGACCGACUGGUGCGGCGUCCGAGUCGCGGCGCCCGGGGUCGCCGUCUGGAACCCCGCCUUCGACGUCACCCCACACGAGCUCAUCACGGGCGGCAUCGUCACGGAGCUGGGCGUCUUCACGCCCGAGCAGUUGCGCACCGCCCUGAGCUCCACCCCCACCCUAGCCGAGCCCCCGCCGCAGUAAAUAAAUGAA